GCUUGAGGACAGAGUGGGAAAAGGAGCAAGCAGAGUUAGAGGCAGGACAAAAGAAGUUCUAUAGGCGGCCAUAUACAUAUAUUUUAAUGGUUUCGGAAGGCCCGUAGUUAAGAAAAACAAUAGCAGUGAGGGCGGACAUGACAGCGUAGUGAUGGAGCCCCCUUUAAGCAAGAGGAAUUCGGCGAUAAGAUUAGCGGAUUUGGCAUCGACUCAAACCCUUCCUCAUCAGAAUAUGACAGGCUUCCCGGGGAUAGGGGGGCAUCACCCGCACUCCCACCAUGCCCACCUCCACCCUGGGGAGAUGGGCAACGACCCCGGAGUGGCUCUCACUCCAUUUGGACCCGAGCACAUGGCACAGACCAAUGCUCUCAAACUUAGUCCCUCUCAGCCUGUUCAAAUCCAUCCCGAAGCCCAGACCGCGGCAUCUUUCACGUCUUCUCAGACCACAGUUGGUUUCCCCUUGGCUCACCCCCACACAGGCUACACCACCAGCAGGGACUUCAUCCUCAGGAGAGAGCUUUCAGCCUCUGCUAUGCAUGCACUUGGCGACCAGCAUAGUUCCGCCUCCUCCCCUCAUCACCAUGGCAUGUUCAUUUCCCCAACAGGUGCUUAUGGGCACGCGGAAGGUGGUGCCCAUCCACUUUUCUCUGGACUGCACGAGCAAGCGGCCCCAGGUGCCCAUCACCACCAUGCCCUCAACGGGCAGAUGCGUCUGGGUCUACCGGGGGACAUCUACGGCAGGCCAGAGCACUUCGGCCACAGGCCCGAGCACUAUGGAUCAUCUUCUCUCCACAGCUACAACUCCAUGAACUUAAAUGUGAACCUCGCCACGGCUCCACACGGAGCAACGGGGGCGUUUUUGCGAUACAUGCGGCAGCCCAUCAAGCAAGAGUUAAUCUGCAAGUGGAUUGAUCAGGAGCAGAACUCUAAGAAGCCUUGCUCCAAAACUUAUAGCACCAUGCACGAGCUCGUCAACCACGUUACGGUGGAGCACGUCGGAGGACCGGAGCAGAGCAGUCACGUCUGCUUCUGGGAAGAGUGUCCGCGCGAGGGAAAGGCGUUCAAAGCCAAGUACAAACUGAUCAAUCACAUCCGCGUGCACACAGGAGAGAAACCGUUCCCGUGCCCCUUUCCCGGUUGUGGCAAAGUAUUUGCGCGCUCGGAAAAUCUCAAGAUUCACAAGAGGACGCACACAGGCGAGAAGCCGUUCAAGUGUGAGUUUGAUGGCUGUGACAGGAAAUUUGCCAACAGCAGUGACAGGAAGAAGCACUCUCACGUCCACACGAGUGAUAAGCCUUACUUCUGUAAAGUGAGGGGCUGUGACAAGUCGUACACACACCCGAGCUCUCUGCGUAAACACAUGAAGGUCCACUGCAAGUCUCCUCCGCCCCCUUCCGCCAACACGGGCUCCUCUUACCAUCCCUCGUCCACGACAAUGGGUGAUGCCCUCUCACCAAACCUGGAGCCCCACAGGAACCGUUCGUCGAAUAUUUCGCCUCAGGUGACAAACCUAAAUGAGUGGUACGUGUGCCAAGGGAGUGCUGGACCAAACAAUCUACACACCCCUUCCAGCGAUGUGCCAAUGUCGGAAUCUGACGACGAGGACACUUACAGACACACAGAUCCAAGGGCAAUGCUCUGAUGUGAACAGCAAGGAAUAGAUUCAUGAUCAGUGGUCCCCAUUAAAAAUAAAUAAAUAAAUGAAUAAAAAAUAAAAUUCCAAUUUCAAGGACAUGGAAAGCCUAUGGGUGUCAGUGGGUCAAAGAGAUUUUGCCCCCAGUUUGCCCUUAAAACAUGCUCAGAGCAUUGAUGCAAUUUAUGUUCCCUAUGAUAACAUUCAUAAGCAGUUGAAACGUGUAAAAUGAAUUGUGAAACUUCGAUAACAAACAUGAAAUACUUGACGUCUCCCCUUUUUAAAGAUUGCAUCUGACUUAUCGACUUGUCUUAAAAUAACUUGAGCUCAAAGAGAGUAUUAACAAAAUUCACUUUUUUUGUUUUGUUUGUUUUUUUGUUUGUUUGUUGUUUUUUUUACAUCAGACCCCCUUCGUUAUUUGAUAUAAACGCAUUUUACACGUGUAAUGUCCAUUAGGCAUUGUUCCGCGUUUGGGGACAAAUGCAGAGACAAUAAUUUUAGGUUUCACUUGUAAAUUGUCAGUGUCAAACAAAAACGAGUUUUAAAUUGGUUGAGUCUGGUCAGGACGGCUUUUGUGAUAUUUAUUUAAACCUAUAUUUUAUGCAAAAUCAAUGUAACUGAUUAAAGAGUACGAAUAUGUCCUUUGAGACCCUAAAUGAUGUAUUAUUGACAGGCCUAUCCAUGACUGAUUUGUAAAUAGUAAAUUGCAUUGAUGCUUGUGAAUGUUGUCGUAGAGUCUCGACGAGUUUUGUACAUUGUAAUUUAUUUGCUUGUAUUAAUGUUGGUCUGGAAGUACAGAAACACCAAAAAAAAUAAUAUAAUUUUGGUGAAAUGAAGUGAUGGUUUUUUAUCGUGUUAUGUAAAAAAGGUCAAGCUUGAAUAGGAUGUAUAAUGUGAAGAAUAUUUCGCAUGACCUGUGUUGUAACUAUUUCUGUGAGGUGCAUGAUGGUAUUAAUGGAAUUACGUAAGAAGGUUGUGAAGAAAUGUGAUGUUUGUGUAUAAAUAUAUGGGAAACUUGAAUAAAAGGCAGGACUUGUAAAUAUGGUAUUUUCAGUAAAAGGCUUUGAUUCACUGA